CCAAUUUCCCGACAAUGACGCACGCCGCAUCCCAAGAUGACCUCCGCAUCAGCGCCCUCUUCGACUUCACCUGGCACGUCGUGCUCGUCACAGGCGGAGCCACGGGGCUAGGCGAAAUGGCCGCGCAAGCCUUUGUGCAAAACGGCGCGCACGUCUUCAUCGCGUCGCGCAAAGAAAGCGAGCUCUCCGCCACGAGCGCACGGCUCAACGCCCUCGGCCCCGGCAAAUGCGACUACAUUGUCGCGGACCUCAAAGACAAGGCCGGCUGUCUUGCUCUCUGCGACGAGGUGAAAAAGCGAACCGAUCGCCUGACGGUGCUCAUCAACAACUCGGGUGCCAGCUGGGGCGACGAUUACUACAACUAUCCUGAGCAUGCGUGGGAUAAGCUCUAUGCGCUCAAUGUCAAGAGCAUUUUCUACAUGACGGUCGGACUGGAGCCGCUGCUGCUGAAAGGCGCGACGGCGGAGGCACCGAGCAGGGUGAUUAAUAUUGCUAGUGUGGCGGGUAUCACGACGGUGGAUGUCACGACAGGAGAGACUGGCGGGCUGAGUCCACCAGGCACCGGGACUUUUUCUUAUGGCCCCUCAAAAGCCGCCUGCAUCCACCUCACCAAGAUGCAAGCCUCCAAGCUCGCUCCCAAGCACAUCAUGUGCAACGCCAUCUGCCCGGGCGUCUUCCCCUCACGCAUGACAAAUUUCGGGUUGAAAAAGUACGCCGAUCCGCUCAAGGCCGGACAGCCUACAGGUAGAAUUGGCAAGCCCAGUGAUUUCGGCGGCCUCGUCUUGUUCCUCAGCAGUACCGCCAGCGCACACAUGACUGGAAACGCGAUUACGCUGGACGGCGGCGCCACGGUGUCGGGCUGGAAAGGCAAAGGUAGUGAGGGAGAAAGUAAGCUGUAGAUGGGAAUGAGCUGGGUAUGCAUAUAGAAUAUAUAUAUUUUGCGAGUUUCUUAGAAGAGUAAUCGGUGUAAAUCAAAUGAGC